GUCUAGCCAGCACAUGAGACACUGAGCUGGAGGAAAACGCCCAGGCAAGGCAAGUAGAGUUUGAGAUUUCAAAUCCGUGGUCGCUGUUAGAGUUUACAGCGCGCCUCACACAGCCAAUUUGUUGGCUGAGGCUGCUGCCGGAGUUGUUUUGGAGCCUGAGCUCAGCGUGAUACCGUGCGUAAAAUCGCAGCAGCGGUGCCAUGGCAGCAGAGCUCAGCGAGCAAAGUCCAUUGUCACACACACGGGAUAACUUCCUUUUAAAAGGAGGUCAUAUGUUGCGCUACGAUGGCAGUUUCCCAAAACUGAUGAUGUGAAGCCGAAACGUGGGUCCGUCCGUCUUCAUCGACUCAGUUGCGCGGAGAAACGAUGCUGAGCAAAGCUGCGGGAGGAUUUUCCAUUACAGCUACCAGACUGCCAAAUCCUUUUUGGACUUCAUCCUGUGAGCCACUAGACAUUUGAACUUGCCAGCAUGGAAAGCCUCAGUGAGCUCCAGAACCCCUUGUUAGACAAAAGCAACAGACAAAAGGUGCACAACGAUUACCAGGGUUACCAGGUUGACUACUCGAGUCAGCCUUACCAGGACAGUCUGAUUGGCUACUACUACACUGGGACUGGGACUAAUGGCAAGCAUAAGACUCAACAGUUCCUGGACGCCACAUCCCUUCAUCUGGCUGUGGAGGCUUUCUACAGGCCCAACUUUAUGCUGUACAAGGACGACGUGAGCCUUCACAGCAAGGACUCCAAGAGUGAGAGCUUUGAGACAACUUUCACAGAGAGUAAGGACACUGUGUUGGAUGGAGCUUCCACAGAAAACCCUCAGGACAGCGUACAAGGAGAGAAGGAUGCAAAGAUUCAGACGGUGUCCUAUGAUGUGGAAGAGGAGCAGGGUCCCGAGUAUGAGAGUGACAGCUCCAGUGACAGUGAGAGCGAGGACAACUUCCUCGUGCUGCCCCCCCGGGAUUAUCUGGGCUUAGCCAUCUUCUCCAUGCUUUGCUGCUUCUGGCCCUUGGGCAUCGUUGCCUUUUACUACUCUCACAAGACAGGCAAGGCCAUCGCUAAGGGAGACUUCUCCAGAGCAGGAAUGAGCUCCAGAAGAGCUUUAUUCCUGGCUGCUCUUUCCAUCACCAUUGGAACAGGGAUGUAUGUGGGGGUGGUUGUGGCCCUCAUCGCCUACCUGUCCAAGCCUGGACACGUAUAGCACUACGUGUAGGGGGGGGGGGGGUUGCCUGUGCUGUUGCGCUAUGAAAGAAGCAAUAUGGAGAGAAAAGACUAAACCAGAAAGACAGAGAGAAAAGAAGAAGGAAAAAACAAGAUGUGUGGAUGGAGUAUUACUUGAACUGGCAGGACUGCAUAUUGAUCCGGACUGAAUCUUUAUUUCUGGGAAACAAAACUCAAAAGGCAUUUCACCACCACAAAAGGAAGAAAAGACAGUGCUGGGAAGAAUGUCUACUCUUCCACAGCGACUGUGCUGUACUAAUAUGUGAGAAAAAAAACAGUGAAGUAAAAAACAGUUAAGAACUACCUACAUUUUAGUCACAUUAGUAAUUUACAGCAAUUUUAUUUUACUUUCAAAGUAGACGUUUUUUCUGCCAAUACAAUUGCAGAUUGUGUAUUGUCCACUUUGUAUAUGCGUUUCUGGGAGAAAUGGACCCUUUAGAAAGAUAACUAAAUUGUACACAAAGUUGCUGAGCAGUGGUCAAGAGGGUUAUCUGUGUUUAUUGUGUACUGUUAAUCUAGUCAAUAAAUACAUUUGGCAUGAAUAAUAAAACAUCCUCUGCCAAGUCUCU